AUGUGGCACCGUGAACAGCUGACGCCGGCUCCGAUUGGCAGACCGAUCGGUUGGUUGUUGAGUUGGCUGCUAUUAGUGGCAGUGGUUCCCGGCAUCUCCUGUGCGCUACGCUUAAACUACUUCAUUGUGAGCGAUGAAUCGUUCGAUCCUGGUUUCAGCCUUCACCCAGACUGGGGCGAUGAAGCGCUCGAUCGCGACAGCGACGCCCGUAGGGAGAAUGGCCUGGGCCAAAGUUUAGGCAAUACUAGCUUGAAGUUGACAACCGAUUCCCGGAGUGCCCCCUACGCAAUUAUCGACCAGUUUUCGGACACUGGCACAAAAGACGUGGACCUGGAAGACCUAAUGAAGAAGCAGCCUCUUCUGCGCCACUCAGCGAACGAUGAGUUUUUGGUACCGUUCGACGAAGUAAACGAUAGCAGCACGGGCAGCCACUAUUUCCUGUCAUCGGUGCCUCAAACGCAAGGUAAGCAAGACAGGGCCCUGCUGCAGGUUAACGAUGAACUUCUGCGCGCAUCGUUGCAGCGGUUCAGGGAGAACCGGAAGAUCGAGGCGUACCAAAAUGGUGCUACUUGGUCACCAAUUGGCAGUGGUCGGCAGCGGCCUGCAGUGCAGCGUCGGCCAGUGUUGCGCCACUUUCGUCCACACCUCGUCAACACUGCCAAAGGGUUGCGCAAUAUACCAGCGCUACUAAAUGAUGGUGAGCUGCUGCAUGCACCGAACAACGCGCCAGAGACUGGCGGCGGACACGCCACGCCACGCAAACCGAACCAGUCGAUCGCCGAAGUUAGCAAUACCGAUCGUCCAGCUGGAACUGGAGCGAUCAACAUCCUGUUCAACAACUUCAAGUGGAAACUUAAAGCCAUCUAUCCGGGCACUGUUUGGUGCGGCGAUGGGAACCAAGCGAAGAGCGAGGACGACAUUGGGUUCUUCUACCUCACCGACAGUUGCUGUCGAGCGCACGAUCUCUGCCCAAUCACGAUCGCGGCCGGCGAGCAGUUCAAUCGUCUGCGAAACAAUGGCCAUUUUACCCGCGCGCACUGUGACUGCGACAAGCAGUUCUACAACUGUCUGAAGAGCGCCAACACCUUGGUGUCGCGGCAGAUCGGCUACACCUACUUUAACCUGCUGAAGCCGCGGUGCUUUCGCUUCGAGCAUCCGAAGGUCAAUUGCACCAGAAGAAGUAAAGGCAAAUGCUUGACUUACGUGGUCGACGAACAGCAACCAAAGAAGUGGCAGUGGUUCGACAAUCUUAUUUUCUAGGCUCCUGGAUAUCUCUUCGGCUCCUGUGGAAUUAGCCGUACUGUGGAAUCAGCCAUCCUGUGGAAUCAGCCAUACUGUGGAACCAUCAGCGGAGGACGAACAAUUCAUUGGACAGCGGUGGUGUCAACAACAAUAGCUGCC